UUGAAGAGCAUUCUGGGAAGUGGAGUUCUAGUCCAUCAGAGAGCAGGAAACUGCAGGCAAUCGAUACGGUACUCCUGUAUGAGUUCACCUUCACAUUUAUAACUACCCUCAAAAACAGCUAUUUAGCUUGUCCUCUGGAUUCCUAACAUCAUGAACGGGUCAGCAAUGUAUACUGCGCCUAUCGUGCUGGAUAUAAAGUUGAAAAGAGGACCACAAGGUCUGGGGUUUAACAUCGUGGGGGGUCUGGACCAGCAGUAUGUCCUGAAUGACAGUGGGAUUUACGUGGCCAAAAUCAAACAGAAUGGCGCUGCAGCGCUGGAUGGAAGAUUACAAGAAGGAGACAAGAUAUUGGCGAUUAAUGGUCACAAGCUGGAGCACCUGUCACACAGAGCUGCGGUGGAUCUCUUCACGUCAGCGGGAGAGGACGUGCAGCUUCGCGUGCAGCAGAGGCCCACCAUGGUCAUGAAUGUUCCCCCCAGUUCCAGGCCUGACGGCGACUCUUCUGUCUCCUCCUUGGUUAUACUUGUGGCCGUCCUGGGAGCUGCUGCAGCCGUUACCGUCCUCUACAUGCGCUUCCAGCCACAACUGAGGAGGCAUUUUUAACACGCUAAUUUUCUCCUCAAAAGCAUUUUUUUUUUUUUUUUUUUUUUUUUUUUAAGCGCAAAAGCUGGGACUGAACUUUGCUGAAGGGCAAAAAAAAAGAGAGGAAGAAACAAACUAUAAAAAACAAGUAAGCCAUCUUUCCAAUUUAUAGUUGUUCAUUUGGUUAGAAUCAUAAUUAUGCACCCCCCCCCCCACCCCCCUCUGUGUAUUUUGUGAUUUAUCAUAGUUGCUUAACUCAAAUGAUACAAGUAUUUUGGUCUCUUUGCCACAGGGAUAACAACCAUGACAUGACGAGCUAUCGUUGUCGUCGUAUAACUAAGAAAGAUUUAGGAUUCACAAUAAACAUGGCAUUCCUACUGCUGAGCGGAGCUGUGCUCCUCAGACAGAAGGACUUGGGUGGUUAAAAAGCGUGUUUAUUCCAAAUAUAUAUAUAUUUGUUUUAUAUCCGUCAGGAGGAGAGAGAUUUAUUUGUAGAGUUUCUAGGCAGAGUUUGAGCCCCUGACUCAUUCUGACGGCUCAUUAGUUUCGUGUUCUCGUGUUCUCGUGUUCUCGUGUUCUCGUGUUCUCGUGUUCUCGUGUUCUCGUGUUCCCGUGUUCUCGUGUUCUCGCAGGGAAGGUUUUUUUUGUUUGAAAAGGGCCAUGUUGUUGUCUGUCACUCAGAGGACCUUUUGUAACUGAAUGGCUGAUCUGUUUUGGGGGGAGCCUGAGACCCUAUGAGAACUCACUCGCUGUAUAUUUUGAUUUAGCUCGUCUGUUUUAUACAGAUGCAUAUUAGCUAUGUGUUUUUGUUGUGCUCUUUGUUUUGGUUUAUGUUCUGACCCCCCUGUCGUAAAAACCGUCUCUAUAGUGGAGCGAACAUACCUCCAGGUGCAGUAGCUGUAUGUGUGUGAAGGUAACGUGUUGGGAGGUGGUUCAAACUGGUCACAAUGACGAGGUGGAUGUUCAAUCAGUGAUGUGCUGUGAACAUAGUAGCCUGGUCCCAGAUCUGUUGUCUCCUUCUGUAGCCUGGUCCCAGAUCUGUUGUCUCCUUCUGUAGCCUGGUCCCAGAUCUGUUGUCUCCUUCUGUAGCCUGGUCCCAGAUCUGUUGUCUCCUUCUGUAGCCUGGUCCCAGAUCUGUUGUCUCCUUCUGUAGCCUGGUCCCAGAUCUGUUGUCUCCUUCUGUAGCCUGGUCCCAGAUCUGUUGUCUCCUUCUGUAGCCUGGUCCCAGAUCUGUUGUCUCCUUCUAUAGCCUGGUCCCAGAUCUGUUGUCUCCUUCUAUAGCCUGGUCCCAGAUCUGUUGUCUCCUUCUGUAGCCUGGUCCCAGAUCUGUUGUCUCCUUCUGUAGCCUGGUCCCAGAUCUGUUGUCUCCUUCUGUAGCCUGGUCCCAGAUCUGUUGUCUCCUUCUGUAGCCUGGUCCCAGAUCUGUUGUCUCCUUCUGUAGCCUGGUCCCAGAUCUGUUGUCUCCUUCUGUAGCCUGGUCCCAGAUCUGUUGUCUCCUUCUAUAGCCUGGUCCCAGAUCUGUUGUCUCCUUCUAUAGCCUGGUCCCAGAUCUGUUGGCUCCUCCUAUAGCCUGGUCCCAGAUCUGUUGUCUCCUUCUGUAGCCUGGUCCCAGAUCUGUUGGCUCCUCCUGUAGCCUGGUCCCAGACCGGGUGGCUCCUCCUGUAGCCUGGUCCCAGACCGGGUGGCUCUUCCUGUAGCCUGGUCCCAGACCGGGUGGCUCCUCCUGUAGCCUGGUCCCAGACCGGGUGGCUCCUCCUGUAGCCUGGUCCCAGACCGGGUGGCUCCUCCUGUAGCCUGGUCCCAGAUCUGUUGGCUCCUCCUGUAGCCUGGUCCCAGACCGGGUGGCUCCUCCUGUAGCCUGGUCCCAGACCGGGUGGCUCCUCCUGUAGCCUGGUCCCAGACCGGGUGGCUCCUCCUGUAGCCUGGUCCCAGACCGGGUGGCUCCUCCUGUAGCCUGGUCCCAGACCGGGUGGCUCCUCCUGUAGCCUGGUCCCAGACCGGGUGGCUCCUUCUAUAGCCUGGUCCCAGAUCUGGUGGCUCCUUCUAUAGCCUGGUCCCAGAUCUGGUGGCUCCUUCUAAUAGCCUGGUCCCAGAUCUGGUGGCUCCUUCUAAUAGCCUGGUCCCAGAUCUGGUGUCUCCUUCUAUAGCCUGGUCCCAGAUCUGUUGGCUCCUUCUAUAGCCUGGUCCCAGAUCUGGUGGCUCCUUCUAUAGCCUGGUCCCAGAUCUGGUGUCUCCUUCUAUAGCCUGGUCCCAGAUCUGGUGUCUCCUUCUAUAACCUGGUCCCAGAUCUGUUGACAGUUUGGCGUGACAAGGUGUCAGCAUGAUAGUGCCCGUCGAUUUGUACUGAGGUUGAUGUAAACCAGGCAUCUCUUUAGAGUGUAUGUCACCUCCCACGUGUUAUGUGUCUGAAAGAGAGAUGGGUAAUUUGAAAUGCUUCCGGGUUCACAUUGAGGCUUGGGUUUAUUGUUAAGGCAUUUUCUGUUAAUCUAAUCCAGAUGUGUGCGUCACGUGAAACAGUAACGGCCGUAGGCUGCAUGUUUUACGGAAAGGGAAAUAUGUCGCUUAAUCUACUGCUUUCGUUUGUUUGCAAAGGAAAACUAAAUAUUGUGACUUGGAAAGGAAUGACGAAAAGUCAAAACAACUCCAUGGGAAGCCAUUCUGUUGAUCCUCUGAUAACGGCCUGAUGCUGCCACCUAGUGAACGUUUAGCAUUCCUGCAGCUCAUCCAAUCACUGUAAUAGACGCUGGACUAACUAGGUGUCAUUGGGUGUGCAGCAGGCCCUGUGUUGUCCUAAAUGGCCCCAUAUUCCCUAUCUGGUGCAUUACUUUUGACCAGGUCCCCAAUAGGUAGUGCUGAUGGAGCGCGGGGGAGCGCGAUCUUUUCAAUUUGAGAAUACACAUAGCUGGUAAAAAAAUAUUUCUGUAAAGUUACAUCUGAUAAAUAUUUUACAUUUAAUUGCCGCAGAAAUUCCAUGAAAAACCAAAUAAAUAUGUAUAUCAGCCUAAAGGUAACAAACUCGCUUUAGUGCGGUGCCGAACUGCGGCAACAAGCGUCAAAAAUAGGGCGGGUAUUGAGAACGGGCUAGGUGGCGCGUUCUCUCCUGGUCCAACACGCUCUGCGCUCACUGCGCGCGGGCCAAAUCCUACAUAACAAGAACAGACAGAAAACUAGAGGGGGGUUACUAAAACGGCUGUCCUCAAAACCCUUGUAUUGGACUCACCUUGUCUGAGUGUAGCCUAUGCCUUGAAAUAUCUCAUAGGCCUAAUGAUUUAACUAGUAUUUUACGUAAAAUGACCAAAUAUAAUAGCGUAGGACUAAAUUCCCUUAACACCAAAAAACACAUAAGCUUUUAAGAUGCACAUUGAAGCUGAGCAGUCGCAUUUCUUUCCCUCGUGCGGCGUGUUGCCUCGGCAAGAUAUAGCCUAUGCUUUCUAUGAUCGAAAACAAAACACACGAAAGACUAAUAGUUUUAUCUAAAUGCCUGUGGUAUUGGGGUUUUACCUGUAUGUAGGUGUGUGACCCUGCUGACUUACAGGAAGUGAAUGGGUUCAAUAAGUACAUGCCAAGGAAGAACCAGAUCAGGACAGUAGUCUGGUUGGCUUGCGUCACUUGGACAGCGAUAAUAUAGCUGUAAUGCCAAUGCUGUGUUUUUUUUUUUUUGUUUUUUUUUUUUGAUGACGUUAGGGCACCUAUUAAAUUCAUGUUGAAUUUGCGUGCACCAGCAUGAGUCAUUGUAAUGUACAUUUUAGACUGUUCGUGUAUCACCUUGGACUGGAGUCAGGACACCCAACUGGGCCUCAGCCAGACACUGGCUGUCCCAUCACUUGAGUACAGCAUAUCACCUCUCCAAACUGAUUGUUUCAAAUGGCAUUAAUGAUUAUUGGUAUAACAAAUUCAUUGCUGUGGAGUUUUGACCUAGUUAGAUUGCCAGAUCUCUACACCCUGUCCAUGAAACAAGAAUCAAGCUAGUAUGAAAAUAGAUGACAUGUAAAAUAAAAUAAAAGCUGACCUCUCUCUGUUUAUUCUGCUUCUGUGUCCACCAGUUCUGGUGUAGUAUAGUUCCACUUUUGAUUGACUUAAAACCUUUGCCACAAAUUGUAUUGAAUUGGGUCAGUGAACUUUGUGGAGCAGAAUACAUUGUAUUGAAUUGGGUCAGUGAACUUUGUGGAGCAGAAUACAUUGUAUUGAAUUGGGUCAGUGAACUUUGUGGAGCAGAAUACAUUGUAUUGAAUUGGGUCAGUGAACUUUGUGGAGCAGAAUACAUUGAAUUGAAUUGGGUCAGUGAACUUUGUGGAGCAGAAUACAUUGAAUUGAAUUGGGUCAGUGAACUUUGUGGAGCAGAAUACAUUGAAUUGAAUUGGGUCAGUGAACUUUGUGGAGCAGAAUACAUUGAAUUGAAUUGGGUCAGUGAACUUUGUGGAGCAGAAUACAUUGUAUUGAAUUGGGUCAGUGAACUUUGUGGAGCAGAAUACAUUGAAUUGAAUUGGGUCAGUGAACUUUGUGGAGCAGAAUACAUUGUAUUGAAUUGGGUCAGUGAACUUUGUGGAGCAGAAUACAUUGAAUUGAAUUGGGUCAGUGAACUUUGUGGAGCAGAAUACAUUGUAUUGAAUUGGGUCAGUGAACUUUGUGGAGCAGAAUACAUUGUAUUGAAUUGGGUCAGUGAACUUUGUGGAGCAGAAUACAUUGUAUUGAAUUGGGUCAGUGAACUUUGUGGAGCAGAAUACAUUGUAUUGCCCUAUUCUCACUUGACUUGACACUAAAAACGUUAGCAAACUAGAAUGAACAUUUGGACUUGUCAUGUGGCGUAAAUGAUUUUUAUGGGAAUACAAGAUGAAAGAUCAAAUAAAAAUGUAACAAGUUAUGUUUGUACUAGAUAUUUUCUAGACAAGGAGCGGCUGAAUUGGUAGCUAAAUUGAAUUAACCUGAGUGACAGUGUCUGUCCUGUGCUAUCUUGUCGUUCCAUUGGCUUGACAACAAGCAAUAGGAUGCCAUCAAGUAAGAAGUAUUGUAUUUACUGUGGGCACUGACAGAACACUUGUAGUGGACAAGAAUCUAAAGGGAGUUAAUGGUAUUAUAUGGAGUCAUAGGGGUGACGCUAACAAUUACUAAUCUAGUCUGCUUUGUGUCCCAAAUGGCACCCUAAGUGCCUACAUAAGCCUCUGAUCAAAAGUAGUGCAGUAUAUAGGGAAUAGGAUGCCAUUUGGGACUAAGUCGUGCACUAUAUAGGGAAUAGGGUGCCAUUUGGGACUAAGUCGUGCACUAUAUAGGGAAUAGGGUGCCAUUUGGGACAAUACUAUGUAUUUGUUUUCAUUUAAAGCACAUUAGGUGUCUGAAAUAACUCACAUUAUCUUCCCUUUUUAUUAUCACUUUUCUGUAAGAGACCUACUGAAUGCCGCACAUUCAAGUUCACAAUUCAUGAAUGUUUUUUGCCCUAUAUUGUUGUUAGCCAGUACUAUAUUUUUUGGAUUAUCAAUGUUAUGCAUUGUAUAAUUUUUGUGCCUUUAAAAUAAAGCAGUAUUUUGUUUUCAAAUUGAAUAAAACAAUCAAAUAAAUAAUCAUUUAUGGUCAUAA